ACGAAGGUGAAGUGAGCCGGAGGCAAAGUGACUACUCUGAGCGUACUAGCGGCUUUAUACCGGCUGAAACGAAGGUGAAGUGAGCCGGAGGCAAACCUACAUACCUACAUACGUACAUACCUCCAUACCUGGGGGGGCUCUGACCUUCAGACCGCCAGAGAGGAGACUCCGCCCGCCAGAGGGGGGGCUCUGACGGCCAGAGUGGGGGCUCUGACCGCCAGAGGGGGGGCUCUGACGGCCAGAGUGGGGGCUCUGAUCGCCAGAGGGGGGGCUCUGACCGCCAGAGGGGUGCUCUGACCGCCAGAGGGGUGGCACUGACCGCCAGAGGGGGGGCUCUGAUCGCCAGAGGGGGGGCUCUGCCCGCCAGAAGGGCGGCUCUACCCACCAGAGGGGGGGCUCUGACGGCCAGAGGGGCAGCACUGACCGCCAGAGGGGGGGCUCUGACCGCCAGGAACUGACCGACAGUGCGCUUCUGGUGAGAAAUGGCACAGCAUUAUCUGAGCAGGGGACAAGGCGCAGGUGCGUGCAAAUAUGAAGAGCGAGCCUGUAGGUGUCUAGCACCCAGAGAGUCGCGCUUGGGCCGAUCCUUGGAGUCAGGCACGGACUAGCUUUUCCUUCUCCUUCCCUUCCUGUUGGCAGGUGAGGCUGGGAAGGCCAUUUUGUUAUAUUUGUGCACUGUUACCUUCAUGACUGACAUGUCCAUCGUGUCUUUUUCCCUUGUCUCGCAUUUCAAACUCUCCUUACCCCCUCUGAUUUGCACCGGAAGCUUCUCUGCCCUUUCCCCUACCAAUUCUUAUCACUGGUCUGCACUCCUCGCCUUUCUCCUCCUCAAUGUCUGCUUGUCCCAUCGGCCUUGCUCUUCCCUCCUCUCCCAUCCUUGCUCCUCCUCUCGUGCAGUCCUCUCUUCUCCCCCCAUGUCCUCUCUCCUUGUGAGGUGCUUGAUUGUUAGCCAUCACCUUCCACGCACACGCUCCCCACCUUCAGUUAACUGUCUGUGCCUGUGACAGCUUCUCUGCACAUGCUAGCUCCUGUGUGUCCUAGAUUCUGUUACUUUUCCUGAACUCGUGCUUGUUCCUGUAUUGAACACUUCCUCUACUCGUGUUAGUUCCUAUGCCUGCAACAGUUUCUGAAAGUUUUGAGGCUGACUCCAUUUGAAUGAGAAUGUUCCUUUUCGUUUAUUUGAGCUAGCCAUGUAUCUUUUCUUAGUACUAUCAUGCCUCACAUGCAGGAGAGAAGUUGUGAUGGCGUCUGGUGCUGUAGUGAAUGGAUUUCUGAUGUCUCAUAAAACGUUGAAAGUUUCACCAGUUGGCCUUGUUCCUUUUUUGUUGUUAUUGUUGUAAGCAUGUGAUUUUUGUUUAU